AUGGCCUCCCAAGGAGGCCUCACGCGCCGUCGCGGUGCGGGAGGCGGGGCGGUCACUUCACCAAACGGGGACGACGAGCCCUCGAGUAGCCGUGUCACGUCUCCUGUUCCGAGGCAAUUCCCUGACCGCACCCCCGAAACCGCCUACGAGUCGAGCGAAAAUGGACACAAGAUCGCAUAUGAUCCGAGAGACAUCAGCGAGAGCGCCGAGCGCAGUAAACAGCCCAAGCUCACGUUAAUGGAAGAGGUCUUGCUGCUGGGACUGAAAGACAAGCAGGGUUAUCUAUCGUUCUGGAACGACAACAUCUCUUAUGCUCUCCGAGGAUGCAUAGUCAUCGAGCUGGCUUUCCGAGGCAGGGUCAGCAUGCAAAACGACUCGUCCAGACGGCGGUUCCCCCUCUCAGACCGAAUAAUCGAGGUCAUAGAUGACACACUCACGGGAGAAGUCUUGUUGGACGAGGCUCUGAAGAUGAUGAAGUCGAGUGAGAAGAUGAGUGUCAGCUCGUGGAUUGAUCUCAUGAGCGGCGAGACGUGGAAUCUUAUGAAGAUCGGCUAUCAGUUGAAACAAGUCCGCGAACGCCUCGCCAAGGGACUCGUCGACAAAGGCAUCCUGCGCACCGAGAAACGGAACUUCCUCCUUUUCGACAUGGCCACUCACCCCGUGGUCGACUCCGCGGCCAAAGAUGAGAUCCGAAAACGAGUACGCAAUGUGUGCUCCAACCGAACUGUCGUCCUACCUCCGUCGCAAUUUUUGCCUGCUGAACUCGACUUCAGGAUGCUGAGAACAGUCAGCAUGGUCUGUGCUGCUUAUGCCGCCAAUGUCCUUGAAAAUGCCCUGGUAACCAUGAGCCACGAGGCACGAGAAAGAGCCUUUGCGCAGGUCGAUGAACUACUGGCGGAAUACUCGCAGUGGCCCUUUGCUAAAAGAGCAGGAGGACAACAAGGUAUAGGGGCAAAUAUUGGCCAAGUGAUUGCCGACGAAGUUGGGAAGAAUCCCGACAAGGAAUUACAACUCGAGGUUGUUGCUGCAUGUUUGAGCGUCUUCACUCGACUCGACUCUUUGUUAUAG